AUGAGCCGCUGGGUGGCCUAUGCAGUCUUAGGUAACAUUCUCGAUAUCCUGAUCGUUGGCUUUCCAGUAUAUCUGGUAUGGGACCUCCAGAUGAGUAGUUCUAAGAAGAUAACGGUUGUCUCUGGGUUCGUGGUGCGAUUCGUACUACUUCCUAUCUCCAUUCUCCGCCUCCUUGCCCUCUCUCCAGCCCUCCACAAUACCAAUUACCUCUUCGCAUCCGUCGAGGCAGGAACCUGGACCCAAACAGAACAAUGCUACGCAAUCCUCAGCGCCACAACCCCCUGCCUCCGCAUCUUCCUCAGCGCAGCACAGACCGGUCUUCUGAACUUGGAAGCCACGAGUGACGGUGGCGGAGCAUACUACGCCAAUGGCUCGUUCUCGCAACCUUUGUCACGAUCUCGCGAUAAGCGUCUGCGGAGUACUAGGAUACAGGGCCAUGGGUAUGGUGGCCUGAGUGGGAGUGCGGCCAUGAGUGGUGGUGGCGGGAGUAGACAUUCUAUUGAGCUUGCCACGAGGCAGCGUGGUGAGACUUCCGCGCGGGUCGUGGGCAUGGGGUCGAGGCCGGGUAUGCGGGAUGAUCAAGUGAAAAGUGGAGAUGACAGGGGCUCGAUGGCUAGCGAUUCUUCGGAACGAGCUAUUGUGGUGAGGCAAACUAUUGAUGUUAGGGUACAGAAUUUGGACGGGUCGUCUGUGAGGUCUCUUGGGAAGGGUUGGAAAGGCAUGGGUAGAUGA